AUGACGUUACAGGAACCUACAGUAGCAGACUUUUUGACUGAAUAUGGUGAAGGGAGUAGGUACAAGUUAGAGAAAGUAAUUGGUAAAGGAAGUUCUGGUGUUGUCUACUCUGCAUAUGAUACUGAUAUCGGCGAGAAAGUAGCAAUCAAAAAAAUAAAUAAUAUAUUCGAACAUGUUUCUGUUGCUGUUAACAUCCUUCGUGAGAUUAAACUUCUUAGGCUCCUUAGUCAUCCAGACAUUGUGGAAAUCAAAAACAUUUUAUUACCACCUUCCAAAAUAGAAUUCCAAGAUAUAUAUGUGGUUUUUGAGCUUAUGGAAUCUGAUCUACACGAAGCUAUUAAAGAAAACAGCGACUUAACACCAGAACAUCAUCAAUUCUUUCUUUAUCAGAUUCUUCGAGGACUGAAAUACAUACACUCAGCAAAUGUCCUUCACAGAGAUCUAAAACCCAAAAAUAUCUUAACUAAUGCUAACUGCCAACUCAAGAUCUGCGACUUUGGUCUUUCAAGGGUUGCAUUCAGUGAUCAACCUAGUGCAACAUUAUGGACGGAUUAUGUUGAAGCAAGAUGGUAUAGGGCUCCUGAACUGCGUGGAUCAUUUUUAAGCAAGUACACACCAGCUAUAGAUAUAUGGAGUAUAGGUUGCAUUUUUGCAGAAAUUUUAACAAGAAAGCCCCUUUUCCAUGGGAAAAAUAUUGUGCAUCAUUUGGACUUAAUGACUGAUCUUUUAGGAACACCAUCACCUGAUACUAUAUCACAGAUAAAAAAUGAAGAGGCAAGGAGAUACUUAAGCAACAUGAAGAAGAAAAUCCCGAUUCCUUUUUCGCAAAUGUUCCCAAAUGCAGAUCCUCUUGGUCUUCGUUUACUAGAAAGAAUGCUUGCAUUUGAGCCUAAGGAUCGGCCUACUGCGGAAGAGGCUCUAUCUGAUCCAUAUUUGAAGAACAUAGCUAACGUUGAGAUGGAGCCUUCUGCUAAGCCCAUUUCAAAGUUGGAAUUUGAGUUUGAAAGAAGAAAAAUUACAAAAGUAGAGAUACGUGAAUUGAUCUAUAGGGAGAUUCUUGAAUACCAUCCAAAUAUGUUGAAAGAGUACUUUGAUGGACCUCAACCAACAAGCUUGAAGAAUCUAAGCAAUAUCAUCCAUUUGCAAUUCAGUUUUAUUGCUAUAAUUAGGUAG